UUCUGAUAAGAUCAUAAUUUCUGAUGCGAUACCAACAUUCAACUUUCUAACUUCUGCCUCAUUUCAAUUCGCUUAUGAUUUUCCUUUCAAUCAUAAACGUCUUCCCGUAAUCACAACAACGGUCGCUAACUUCCCUCAAUCUUCCCGAACCUUAAAUUUUUAGCGAUACAAGGAUCUCUACGGCAACAUGGUGCAAAUUAGUGAGGUCAAGGGCAACAACCGCGAAAAUCGCACCGCAGCCCACACACACAUCAGAGGCUUGGGCCUCAAAUCCGAUGGAACAGCUGAGAAGCAGGCUGGUGGCUUCGUAGGCCAACAGCAGGCCCGAGAGGCUGCUGGUGUUGUCGUCGAUCUUAUUCGUGCUCAGAAGAUGGCUGGUCGAGGUGUAUUGCUUGCUGGCGGACCCGGAACCGGAAAGACAGCGCUUGCGCUUGCGCUUAGCCACGAGCUCGGCACCAAAAUCCCAUUCUGCCCGAUCGUCGGUAGUGAGAUCUACUCGACCGAAGUGAAGAAGACCGAGGUCUUGAUGGAGAACUUCCGAAGAGCGAUCGGCCUAAAAGUGCGCGAGACGAAGGAGGUGUACGAGGGUGAAGUGACAGAACUUACUCCAGAGGAGGCAGAGAACCCAUUGGGUGGCUAUGGCAAGACUAUUAGCACGCUGCUAAUAGGACUGAAGAGCGCAAGAGGUCAGAAGAAGCUGAGACUAGACCCAAGUAUAUAUGAGGCCAUCCAAAAGGAGCGAGUUACUGUCGGAGAUGUCGUCUAUAUCGAGGCAAACACAGGUGCCUGCAAGCGAGUCGGACGAUCGGAUGCUUACGCGACGGAGUUCGACCUCGAGGCGGAGGAGUACGUUCCCAUUCCGAAGGGUGACGUGCACAAGAAGAAGGAGAUAGUACAAGAUGUUACACUCCACGACCUUGAUGUCGCCAACGCUAGACCACAAGGUGGCCAGGAUAUUAUGAGCAUGAUGGGUCAACUUAUGAAGCCCAAGAUGACGGAGAUCACCGAUAAGCUACGAGGAGAGAUCAACAAAGUCGUCAGCAAGUACAUUGACCAAGGUGUGGCCGAGCUUGUUCCCGGCGUCUUAUUCAUCGACGAGGCACACAUGCUUGAUAUAGAGUGCUUCACAUAUCUCAACCGAGCACUGGAAACUACUAUCUCGCCUAUUGUCGUACUCGCUUCGAACCGAGGUAUGUGCACGAUUCGUGGCACGGACGGUGUUGUUGCUGCGCAUGGCAUCCCUCCGGAUUUCCUUGCCCGACUCCUCAUCAUCCCCACCACGCCGUACGAUGCCGAGGAGAUCAAGAGAAUCGUACGCAUUAGAGCCACAACAGAAGGCGUUCAGAUCACAGAUGCUGCCAUCGACAAGAUUGCGGAGCAUGGCGUGCGUAUCAGUCUUCGAUACUGUCUCCAGUUGUUGACUCCCGCAAGUAUUCUGGCUCGAGUCAAUGGUCGCAGCCAAAUUGAUGUCAAAGACGUUGCAGAAUGCGAGGAGCUUUUCCUCGAUGCACGGCGGAGCGCCGACCUGUUGGCUGGUGAGACAGGACGCGGAUUCAUCCAAUAAACGCGUCAUGUCUCACAAGACGGGAAGACCUAAACUACGGAACCGGACCCGUCAUAAUAAUUUAAUUUCGCAAGGCCACGGCCACCCGGAAAACAGCGAAGCAAUUAAAAGGUAAUCGGGUCAGGAAAAUCACAUCUGUUACGGAGGGGUUUCGGAGUUCCCAAAUGUAUGCACGUUAUUUUAGUUGAGAUCGUAUAUUCUCAAUAAACAACCCGGUUGGUUGGUUCGUUGGUUGGUUCCUAAAUCGCCACCACAACCACCCCUGAGACUUUAAGACAUUGCAAAA